CAUUCAUUAAAAUCGGCGCAAAACAGAACUUGCCAGAGAAGAGUACAAACUUCAAAUUCCAUUGUUGCUCGCGUUCAAGCUGUAUUUCGAUGAGGAGAAUCGAUGCGUCGUGUAUAUGUGCGUGUCAGUCGUGUCCGUGUACUCGUAUGUUUUGCAUCGCUGCGCGACAGCAGAGCAGAAAGGAUGACGUGGAUAUAGGUUAGGUCUAGGGUGAUGAGAAGUUUUCGCGAAGAUUAUUUCCGCGCCACACUCGUAGAAUUAAGACUAAUUUUUAUGUUAUAAAAAAUUUACUAGUUUAACUAACACGUUGUAAAUAUGUUCGAGAUCACGGAUACGCAAAAAAUUGGCGUAGGCCUCGCUGGUUUUGGAAUAGCCUUUCUAUUCCUUGGAGUUAUUCUUUUGUUCGACAAAGGGCUUCUCGCGAUAGGCAAUAUUCUUUUUAUAUCAGGAUUAGGAUGCGUUAUCGGACCAAGAAGAACUUUCAGCUUCUUUUUCCAAAGGCACAAAGUACGAGGCACUGUAUGUUUCAUAGGAGGAAUAGUUGUUGUACUAAUGGGCUGGCCCCUUUUUGGCAUGAUUUUUGAGACUUAUGGAUUUAUCCUUCUGUUCAGUGGAUUCCUGCCGGUCGCUAUCAACUUCCUGCGAAGAGUUCCAAUCCUGGGCACCUUCUUAAACAUGCCUGGCCUCAGUCGAAUUCUUGACAUGUUAGCAGGCGAUUCAAAUAGGACAAGAGAUUCCUAAUGUCAUCCUGGCAUCAUUUCCUGCAUGUCUGUGUCAUUAAAUGAAUUUUUUCAAUUACUUUUGUCUUGAUAUCAUAUAUUAAUAAUUCUCCUUGCUUCUUAAAAAUAUUGUGUCAUUGUGAUGUAACAACUGCUUAACAAAAAAGCGACCUAUUAUCAUUCCCACACUGAGCAUGGUUUGCGAUAAUCGUUUGUUUUCUACAUAAAUAGCUUCCUAGCAUCAGUCACUAAAAAAUUUUUUGUUAUUAAUACAGUAGAUUUGUGUAAACCAAUUGCAAAGCACAAUUUUAAACAUCAAAAUUAUAGUAUGCAAAUGUGCAAUCAUUCAAAUUUGCGUAAAUCAUAAAUAAAAGAUCAAAGAUAGAUAGUGGAAAAUUAUUGUUUAAAUCAAACUCUGAAAGAAUGUUUAGUGGUAAUGAGAAGUGAAAAAACAAAUUUAGUCAGGUCAAUUUUUUGUUUCGAUUUUUAUUGAUCUGUCCUCCCUGCAUACAUCCUAACAUGAACAGAUUAGAUGUAUACAUUAUUCACAGAGUAUUACGCUUCUGUUUUCGUAUGUUACACGUAGAAUCGUCUCCGCGUUACCAGAUACGAAAUUAAAUAAAUCCCUUCGAAUGAUUCGCGCUUCCGUUGAUUUCCAUCUUGGGUAGUUUCGACACUUCGUUUCACAAAAAAAUUGCUUUACUCAAGUUAAGUUUUUUUCUUUAUUUCUUUAAUUAUCUACAAUGGGCCGA